AUGAGAGUACCACAUCUACCGUAUCUCCCUUCCUCUCACUUCGGAGGAGAUGACACUCUUCUCCUUCAAUUCUUUAACGAAAGCAAAUCGCAAAUAUUGACACCCAUCAUCAACGACUCAUUAGCUCAUUUCAUCAUGAGAGUAGCACUAUCCGAUUCCUCUUUUACUUCCAACUUGGUCCUAGAAGGAAUAUUGACCAUCGCCUCAUUGCAACUUCAAGGCGUUUCGAAGAGUAGCGCCCGCCAACACCGACUCAUAUCAUUGCUACGCGAAAACAUCAUGCAGAUCGAUAAGGAAAACGUCCUUCGAAAUCUUAUUACCACGAUGUUAUUAUACCAAUAUGAAGUUUGUACCACAGCAAGUCCAAAGAAAUGCUGGAGUUUAUAUCUUUGCGGCGCGAAGAAGAUCAUCGAUGCAUCUUCAGCAACAGUUGAAUUAUACAAAGAUGAGAGCGCCGUUCUCAUGGACUGGAUCUACUACCAUGAGGUGGUCUCGGAGUUUAGCAUUCGGCAUUGGGCCGAGGCCGAUGCGGUAGACAGCUUCUGUAAGGGUCCAUUGGCGAUACGGCCCAAGGGGUCAUCAUUUGAUGGCUCUGAAAUAUCAAGCAAGAAUACAUGUCCCACUGACGUUCUUGAUCUGCUUCGGGUUAUAUGCAAGCGACCAUCGACAUGUGACCACGACGAUCUAACAUAUGACAAGUCUGAUAUUGCGCAAAUGUACGAGCUCAAGCGAAGACUUGAAGAAGCCGUUGGAGAGAAUGGGACAUUCCAUGACAUCGCGGAGGUAACAUCGACCAGACAAGGGAUGCUUGCCUAUCUCUAUCGAUGUGCGACGUUGAUAUACUUAAAUCGUGCCGUACUUAAGGUCUCGAAUGCUUCAUUCCACCAUAGGAGAUUAGUCAGGGAGGGUAUCCUGGUUCUACAGAACCUCGGAUUUUGCGAAAGUGCCUGGCCGAUGCUCAUUUUAGCCUGUGAGGCCAAUGAAGAUGAGCAACGGUUGCAAAUCCUACAGACUUUAUCGCAGUCGGGACAAGAGCCGCUGCACCGAUCAAGUCAUGUGCCCUUGAUUCAACGCAUGAUCGAGGCAAUAUGGAACCAGAAUGACCUCGGGUGUGACAGCGAUGUGGAUUACUCCAGAACACUACAUGCUGUUAUUUCGACUGCCCCGGCUUUGCCACUAUUUGCUUGA